CCUCCUCUUCAUCCUAUGAGAUGUAACGUUUUCUCUACUCAUUUAUUAUUUCACCGAAAAGUACAAUCCUAGACACAGAUUUCAGGAAACAAAAGUAAAAGCUGUUCCCUCUAUUUAUCUUCUUUACCCUAUCUUUUUAUUUUCCUUUUCUCUGCAAAAUUUCCAGAUAGUGCAGUGGCAUGCUCAAGGGUUUUUGUUCCAUGAAUAUUAAUAUGGUUGAACAAAAUUGUUGGGAUGACAUUCCCAUGGGGCCUAUCGUCGAUGAAGACUUUGAAAGCUUACUCAAUAGUUUGGACUUCCCCUUGGAAAGUUUGGAAGACGACGGCGGCCUCGGUGGAGAUUGGGAUCCUAGCCUGUACCAAUUACUCGGGCCAAUCCCUGCGGAUGCACUUAUGGCGUUACCUCCAGUGUCCCGUGGCGAUAAUGCCAAUGGCUGUUUGAAUGCAGCUAAUGAAUUUCCUGAGGCCCAAGGAACUGUUCUAUUCCAGACACAAAGCCCAAUUUCUGUUCUUGAACACAACAGCUCCUGCUCUGGUGGAAAGAGCACCUCCUCCAAUUUUGGCACUAAAGGCCGUCGCUCUAAGCGUGCACGAUCAUCAACUUUGAAUCCGUGGAUUUUGAUGGCUCCGACAUCUUGUACAGCUUUUGCAGCCAAGAAGAAUUCUGAUGCCAAAAAGGGAAAGGAAAAGAAGAGGAGAAAAUUGUCACAGCAAUCGAGUGUCAUGGAUUCUAGUUUAUUUAAAAAGUGCACACAUUGUGAAGUAACAAGGACACCACAAUGGAGGGAGGGACCAUUGGGUCCAAAGACACUAUGCAAUGCCUGUGGAGUUCGUUAUCGUUCUGGCCGACUACUCCCAGAGUAUCGGCCUGCUGCUAGUCCCACAUUUGUUCCAUCUUUGCAUUCAAACUCUCACAGGAAAGUCAUAGAAAUGAGAAGAAAUGCAGUUGAGGAGUCUCAAGGUGAUGUACUGGAAACGAAGAGAAGCUUUUCCAAUGUGACUGAACCAAAAAUUUGUUCCUCUGAAUAUCUAUUUGUUUGAUACAUGCAUAUUGAAGAGAUGGCUAUCCUUUUAGUUAGAUGCUUAAUUUACUUCAUUGUUUUAUUCUGCACUGGUAGGUUUUGUGGUAUGGUGAGUAUUCAGGUUAAAAGUUGGUGUACAGAAAUGGGAUGCAGGAGUUGUAGGUUAACAUAAUUGGUAAAGCCCGAUUGAAGGCUGAUGGUGCA